AUGUCUGCACUUUUUAAUUUUCACUCCUUUUUGACGGUUCUGUUGCUCGUCAUCUCUACCUGCACCUUCCUCAAGAUGCAGUUCCCUUCCAUGCUUCAACACAAAACUGGGUUUCGGGGAUUCUUUUGGAAGGCUGCUAGAAUAGGUGAACGUUUAAGCCCGUGGGUGGCCGCCGGAUUUUUAUCAAUGGGUGUAUCAAUUCUAUUCUUCUAA